AACAUGGUGUUGUGUUUGGGUCCAAAUGGAUCGGGUAAAACACUGUUACUUAAAAAAUUACAAAAUUAUGAAGAAAUCGAUUUAACGACAAAUACUGUACCAUCUGUGGGUACAAAUAUUUUUACAAUACUAUCACCAGAUAAAUCACAGUAUGAGGAAGUAACAGAAAUUGGUGGUUCAGUUGCAUCAAUAUGGAAAAAAUAUUAUAAGGGUGUUCGAAAAAUUAUGUAUGUGGUGGAUGCAUCAAAUUUAUGUCAAAUAUCUGCAGCAGGUAUACUCUUAUAUGAAUUGUUGGUGGAUCCAGCUACAAAGAAUGCAAAGAUUUUACUGAUAUUAACGAAAAUGGAUGUUAGCUAUCGACAAAUGAGAAAUGAAGCGUUGCUAAUGCUACAAUAUGCAAAAUUAAAGGAUCGAAUACCUCAACAAAUUUCUGUAGUUGAAGCUAGUCCUAUAAGUGGAGAGGGUAUUUCAGAUAUAGUUAAAUGGUUGUUUAAUAUACCCAUCGAACAAAAAAAUAAACAAAAAUAA